UUCAAAGAUUUCGUGUUCCGCUAUAAUUCGAAGAGGAAAAUGAAGUUAUUAAUAUUUUAUUUAAUAUGUUUGGUGUGUUUCACGAGUGCUUGGCGAGUGUUCCCGUUGCCGAGCGAGUCAGAUGCUAGUGGAUCGCAAUGGGUCAACCCCACGCCUGUAUUUAAGCCGUUUUCGAGUUCCACCGUUCCGAGAGUGUUCCCGCCGUACGUGUUCCCUCCGUUGUUAGUUUCAACCGGCUUACCCAUCAGGCCAACUAGCGUAUGGAAAGCCUAUACUAUGACCACAGAGGAGGUUAAUUAUCCAUACAGCACUAAGACAGUACAAGACGAAUACCAAGCUUUCGAUGCGUAAGAAACGUCUUCUUCUAGAACUGGUUAAAAUCAAUACGUCGGUGUGAAUAUCAGAAGACGAAGCAAUAGAUUGUUAUAAAAAUAAAAAAAAUUG